UCAGACAAAGCAGAAAGUUGGAGGAAAGAAACGAUGUUGAGCAAACAGUCGUAUCCAGGUUAAGAUCAGGACUCAGGAUGAAACCGAUGGAUUUAAUAUCCUCCAUGAGUGUGAAGGUCCCAGAGGGAGAAGCUGAGCAGAGAGUUCCGUGUGAAGAGGGACGUUUUCAAACUGGAUCUCAUCUGUAACUUUGUUCUCCAGCCCAGCAGGUGGCGGUGAUGCGCCACCCGCCAUUAAACAAAAAGAAGAAGAUGGUCACGUGACGGUGUUGUCAUGGCAGCAGGCACCGAAGAGUAAGAGUAAGAAGCCCGGGAAGAUGAAGUCCUCUGCGGUGGUGGACAGUCUGUCCACGGAGGACAUGUCCAAGGACCAGCUGGAGGAGCACGUGGCUCGUCUCCGUGAGGAGCUGGAGCGGGAGCGGGAGGAGAGGAGCUUCUUCCAGCUGGAGAGAGACAGGAUCCAGGCAUCGUGGGAAACGUGCAGGAGAGACGUGGAGCAGGUGAAGGAGGAGCUGAGGCACCGACACCGGGAGAGAGAGGAGGCUCAGCAGCGCCACCGAGUGGAGAUCAGUGUUUACAAGCAGAAGCUGAAGCACGUCCUGUCUGAGCAGCACAACACCGUCUCCGAGCUGAAGAUGGACGCCGCCGCCGCCGCAGCACUGAUCCAGAACCAGCAUGCAGAGUCCGAGCUGGAGCUGCGGAGCGACACGCUGCAGGCGGACGCCAGCGAGAAGACGCUCCGCAACAAGAAGCGCAUCGAGGAACUCAAACUGAAACACCAGGUGGCGCUGUUGGAGCUGACAAACGACUACGACAGGAGAAUCAGAGAUCUGGAGGUGAAAUUUAACGAGAGGAUGCAGGCGACCAUCGAGGUGGAGGAAAGGAAGCGGAGGUCGGAGGUCAACGAGCUGGAGGACAGGAUGAACGCUGGAGUUGUGGCGCUGAUGGAGGAUCACGGCCGCGCUCUCAGACGAGCUGAGGAGUAUUACUCCAGCAUUCAGAACAAAGUGCUGGCGGACGAGAAGGUGCUGAAGGAGGAGGCAGCAGAGGUGCAGAAGCAGCUGACGCGAGUGUCCAAACAGCUUUCAGUUGCUCAGCGUGAAAACCAGCGUCUGCGCGAGUCUCUGCACGAAGCCGAGCAGACGCUGCCCGAGCUCCAGCAGCAGCUGCAACAAUACAACCAGACCAAGGCCCAGCUGGUGAAGGCCGGUGCUCGUGCGAAGGUCGCUGAGAAGGAGCUGUGGGAUCUGACGAUUGAGCACGAGCUGCUGCUGCAGGCGUUUGAAAAGGUUCAGAAGGAGCGUGACGAGCUGCUGAGGAAGCAGAGGGAGGUCAUCAUGGAGCUGCAGCAGAGGAGCGGACUGAAACAGCUGCUGCUGGAGAGGAAGCUCGCUGCUCUGACUCAAACUGUGGAGACAAAGGAGGCUCAGCUCUGCGGCGCGCUCUCCACCGCCGCCGCCACCGCAGGAAGCAGCGCCGCAAACAAACUGAAGGAAACGCUGGAGUCAAAACACGUCACUAUUGGUGCGUUGGAGGAGGACCUGGCUGGAGAGCGUCAGGAGUACGAGCAGCUGCUGCAGACCUGCACCGACAGGCUCCAGGCUUUGGGCGUCCCUCAACACGACUUCCCCUUCAGGCCCGUGGAACGGAUCUGAACGGAGCGACCCCCAAACACUGACCUGAAGUCAAUGAUGACGUUGGAGGUUUUAACCUGUUUGUUGAUUUUGUUCCUUCGAGAAAGAGAAAACUACAAAACUCUUGAGAGUUAAGUUGAAAAAACAUGUUUGGAUUCUUCUGUUUGUUCUUGAAAUACUUAUUUUGGCCACAAGAGGCUGAAGCUAACACUUCCUGUCAGUAACAGUUCCUCGUCGUCCCUGCUCUGACUUUUCACGAUCACUGUCCCUCGGUAACUAAGCAACCAACUGUAGGGACAUUCUACUUCCUGUUUACACAAACUAAACUUUAACCUUUUAAAUCAGGAGUUUGAGAGUUCAGAGGAUCAGACUGAAGAAACACAACAUUUUAGUGGAUGGUACUAGCUGUCAAUCACUCCGUGGUAUCCCCCCCCCAACACAUCCGGUGCUUUAUGGUCUGUUUGACUCUAAAUGAUCAUAAUUCACUAAAUGAACAU